AUUGGAAUGAAAGGAAGUGACAACAAGCUCAAUUCUGACCUAACCGAGCUAUUCUCUACACCAAAGCCUAAGAGGAAGACCAGAAGUCAAAACAAGAAGAUUAAAGACUCUUCUCUAGAACCACAGAGCUUCCUCCAUGAAUAUCUGCACUUAAAAAUCCCUACAAGAGUGAAAUAAAUGUAAAAACAGGCCUAAAUUUCCUAUUACAGAAAUCGGGACUUUAGCUGAGGUUCCAAAUGAAGCCAUAACAACCCGUAUUAAGAACUCGAACAGUGAUUAUCUGAACAACAAAAGAUUGGUAAACCACUUACACUUAAAAAUGAACAUGAGAAGAUUAGAAAAAGAGUCCAAAAUAAACCCUAAAAUCAAUGAAAGUUAUUUCAAAAUGAAAAAGACUAAUAUUUUUCACCCGAACUCGAUCACAAUUCCUAACAAGGGGUAUAAAAGUGAUGCAAAUCAUAAAUCCUUGAAGAGAAGAGAGCAUAUCGAGGCUCCCUUCAAAUGCUUCUCGACCAAACACAUGUUGACAAAGAUUAGAGAUCGUAAGAAGGGUUAUUUCCCAAAGAAACCUUUUAUGCCUAAGAAUGUCUCCUCUGAAUGUUCAACAGAGAAGGGAACAAGCAAACGCAGAGAGAAGGAGAUCCCUAGAAAAUCAAAGGAGCAGUUCCCUUCUGAUUCUGGGAAGCCUAAUAAUUCCAUUUAUCUUCUAAACUGCAAUGAUCUGUCUGCAACUUCAGGAGAUUGCAAGGAUUUUAUGAACAACAAUGCAUUCAAAACUCUGAAUAAUUACAAUGUGAAAUCGAAAGGAUCAGAGGUGAAACUAAAAUAAUACUUAUGAAGUAGAAGAUACCAGAGCACCUAAAAAAUCAGUCUUGAACCCUAAUGGAUUGAACUUUAAACCAAAUAUAAACGAUGAUGAACAGCCAAAACCGCUGAACAAUAUAUCUGAGGAAGACCGUAAGAACAGACUUGAGCAGAUAAGCGACCAGACACAAACAUACUUUAAUAUUUUCCUUGAGCCUUCCCAAUCUAAUCAUAGAGAAAAGUUUCCCAUCCUCUGUAACAAAAAUGAUGAUAGAGUGGCUAGGACUUCACUAGGCUAUUCUAAUAAGAGCAACUUUAACAAAAAUAGAGGAAGCACAGGGUAUGGCUUUAUCAAAGGUAACAAAAAUGUUAAAGUCAGUACCAAAAUGAAUGAAUACUUCAAAUAAAAGUGUGCCUGCUAAAAGGAAAAUGAUAAAUAGAAAACCUCUAUGAAUCCCUGAGUUUCACAAAGAUUCCUUCAGUAUUGUUCCUUGUAAAACUCCAAGCUCUCAGAACAACAUCAGCUUGAGCUCAGUUUCUUUAAAACUCGAUAAAAUAAACGCUAUAAAAAGGCCAAGAGUGCAUCUGAUGGGCAAGAAAAUCAGCAUCCAGUCAGUCCCUCAUAACUUCGAAUCAAGGUGCUAAAACUUAAUUUUUAUUCAAAAACCCAGAAUUGGCUUAAGUUAUUUUACUGUGAGAAUAUGUAUAACUGGGAUUUAUCAAAGGGUUGAGAUUUAGUAAAUUUUGGAAGUCCAGGUUCAUUGCUACCAAGGGUAUACAUGGACAGCUUGGUUGCAUUCUUGAUGCUCGUGAAUUCUCCUUCGGGGAUUUAUCGUCUCUAUGGAGGAGAGAUUGGUUGUGUCCAUCAGUUUUUACCCUUUUAGAAUGACCUUUUGGAUAUUUAAGGGAUUUUUGGCUCUUUAGAAUGAGUAAAAAUAUCAUAAUUGAUUGGUAGUAAUUCAGGUAUUGUUUUUGAGAAAUUUCAUUAAAACGAAUAUUUAAGCUAAAAAUAUGGUUCAAUUCGUUUUACAUUUCUAGUCUUCAUUCAAAACUCAGCUUUGUCUUUUGUAUCGAAUAUCUAUCCUCUGUGAAGAGGAAUGCUAAAUUUUUAUUUUAUGAGAUAUUUUACUACCUCUCAAAGUGCACAAUAAACCCGUAAUAAGAUUGCUGAAAUGUAGAAUACGCCAAAAUUGCUAACAUAAUUUUUUAUGAGUCCUCUAAUUUUCAGAGAAAUUGUUAAAAUAUGUGUUUGAAAAGUGUUGAAUGAGCUGAAUUAAUGCUCUGACAUAGCAACAGCCCCUUAUACUCCCUUGUAAAUCUCUGAUUUACAAGGUAAAUUCUUAUAAAAUGUGUAAAGAUUUAUUCAGAUUCUCUUCAGCAAUUCUGCUUUUGAAGAUAUAGUUACUACAAAGCCUUCCAUUGAAUAAGGUUAAGGAGAAAUCAUGAAUGCAAUAACUUAUGAAUGAAACAGCUUGCAUCAGCUUCAAGGAAUCAUUAGUAAAAAUGCUUCUAGAAUCUUCCUUGUGUUGAUUCGAUCAAGACUCUAGAUUUUGC